AUGGACUACUUCAUGCCCAGGGAUGGUCGUCGCACUCUCAGUCGAGCUCUUCGAGGGCAUGAAUCUGUGGAGGCAGCACAAAAUGACCUCGUGCGCCUUCUUUGCUACUUGAGGAUGGCUCCUUUCGGGUGUGACAGUGACGUGCUACCCAACCCUCUACACACCCGCAAGCUGUCGCUGGGUCGCCCGACAAAGUGGCAGAACAUCUUUCGGCAUGAGGUGGCCAAGGCAGAUGCCAUGGAAAAGCUCCCUGGACAACGGAAGUCCAGGCAAAGCGCCUGGGUCGAAAUAACAGAAAAGGCCAGACACAAAGCAGCUCCAUCAUUGCCGACGAAUUUGGCCAUUUCCAGCGGGGACCUUGUCGCAGUGCACCAUCAAGGAGACUGGAAAGUGGCUGCUGUGCUGACGCUGUGGCGCUUUUUCAAGAAGGGCAACGGCGCACAGCAGGUGACACAAGAGAUCCCUCGGGGCAGCUUGCAUUCUGCACGGGUUGUGAUCAUGGACCUGGACCCUGAGAACAAAGAAGUCUACAGCUGCAACUCCACCUCGACUUGCGUGGUUGUACCAUGCGACAAUAUCGGGUUGAGAUUGGAUACGGCUGAGAUGAAGAAAAAGGUGAACAUUCAAGGAUUAAAGAUUCUUCUCCCAGAGGAUGCCCAAAGAGCUUUGAACUACCUGAAGGUGGAGUUCAAAAAAGCUGGUUGCAAAGAGAAAAAGGUGGUUGCAAAAGGGCGCCCUUCCAGAUAUAUCAAACCGAGCAUCGACAAUUUUAGGCGCUCAAAGAAAGGAUCUGCCUUGAUCAGGCAAGAAGUCAAGCGGUUGUUGGUUGACCAGGCAAAGGCCUUUGUCAAGAAACCAAUGCUUGAUCCAAACGAGGAGUUCGUUCGCUACAGUGAGCACGGCAAGGCCACUCAGAUCAAGUUGACGGCUUUGCUUGAAAAAGCACCGAUGUUUUUCUCCAUCUACUUCACGAACAUCAGAAAGAAGAUCGAUUUUGGACACCGUGUCCACAAGUGGCUGGUGGAAGUGUCGACUGCUCUGAAGGACGGAUCGACGAUCCCAUUGAACGGCUUAGUAGCACAGAUUGCAUCUGUGAAAUGUGUAUCCAACCCGCUGGAAGAAGCUGCAGAAGAUCAGACUGAAGAGUCUGAUGGCAAUGGAUCCGAUUGA